GGCGAGGGGGCUGCGCGGCGAGGGGGCUGCGCGCUGUGCUGGGCGGCGAGGAGGACGUGGUGGACGUCGAUGGGACUGGCGAUAAAGAGAAAAGGACGGGCGGUGGGAGAUGUAUUCCGCCAGCUGCCCGCUGGGAGGGUCCUCCCCUCGCCACACUCGGUCCGUCCCCCGCCGGCUAUCCUCGGCCCUGUCGCUUACCAAUCCGCCUUCCGUCCCCCGAAAGCCGCACAUUCUGAUCCGGGCCGCCGAUCGCCCGUCCUGCCGCCGCCCGCCGCGCCCUCUCGCCGAAUUCUGCGCUCUGUUUUUCGUGGCACGGCGUGGACGACGCGGGGGGCUCUUUCUGCCUGUUCGUUGUUUGCCACACGGCGCGCGCGGUGGCGGCCGCCCCAGGCUCGGCCUUUGCGGGUUAUCUCCUUAUCACACGCCAGCGCGGCCUCGCCUUGCGGUGCCUGCCCGCGUCGCGCACCGCACCGAGAUUCGAUGCAGACAGACGCCGCUCGCCAGCAGCGCGCCCGAACGCGCAAGAUCUCCGCGGGGGAUAGCCGAGGCAUCAUGCACAGGCGUACACACCCGCCUUCGCGGCCAUCCCCCAUCCGGCCGCCCUGUCGUCACCGCACCCCACGGGGCGGCCCCGUUGCCCCUGCCGUUAUCCGCCACCGCACCCCGCGCUCUCGCCCGCCGCCUGGCCAGACCGGUACAGUAUAAAUCUCGUAUGGCCUCGCUGCGAUAGAACGUCUGCCUCUUUACGUGUCCAGGCAACGCCCGCACGCGACUCGCAGACGGGGCCUGAGGUACGCUGUGUGCGCGCCGCGUGCACCGCAGACCCGCGCGCCCCCUGGUUGCGCGACCGCUCGACGGGUUGGCAUUGCACGUUGCGCGAUGCGCUGCUGAUCUGAGACGAGACGCAGGCGCGCCGCUGCUACCCCCGCUCCCACACCGCCGUCACUGGCCUCCGGAUUGGCAAGUGCGCUGCCGUACCAGGUGGCCCGUAUUCCUCGAACGCCGCACACUCCAGACUGGGGCCCGGUGUAUUCGCGACGCACACGAUGCAGCG